UUUAUUUCUUGCAGCUUUUUAUGAUCGAUGAACGUGCUCAUGGUGGUAUGAUGACUUUACGUAGUGGUAAUAGUUUUGGUCGUUUGGGAGAUUCUAUGCCGGAUUAUGAUAAUGUAAAGGAUGAUUAUGAUCUCCUCGAUGCUGGUUUAUUAAAUGAUAAUAAAUUAGGUUUCGUACAGUUUCAUGACAAUAAAUUUAAAAUUCAAGAUGCUGAAAGCAAUAAUAAUGGUGCUGGCAUCGCUGGAGGUAGUGUUGGCAGAUUGGCUGGUGUCUUAUUAAAUUCACAAACUGGCGGCAAUGCUUAUAUGGGUGCUGGCAUUGGUGGCGGCAUUGGUGUGGGUUCGUCAUCACUGAUGAGUGCUAGUGGUGGUAAUGGUCCCCUCAUACCGUGGGGUAAGACGUUACCCACUGAAAUAGAAAACUCAUUGCCACGUUUACCAUUUGGCUCAGUGCCAACGGAUGGCUCGUGGCAAAUUGUAAAUGGUACACGUUUUAAAUUUUUUGUUUUCUCUGCCUACUAUGAUCGCCGUAAUGGCUCUAAGUUGGUACGUGUUAUUGGUGCCACAAAAACACGCGGCCCCGAGAGGGUUUGGUGUAGAUUUUGGUAUGUCGCAAGAAAUGCUACGUUUGCCGGCAAAGCGGGUAGAUCGAAUAUAAAGGAAAAAUAUAAAUCUGUGUCGGUGAUGGCGAGAGUAAAGGUAAAAAUUCAAAGAAAUUCAUUGAGUACGGUUAGACGUCUUAGUGAACGAUUUUUGUCGAAGGAUAAUUCGGAAAAGACACGGGGUUAUAUUGAUUCUCUUAUUUUGGAGCUUGAUAGUUUAUUUCAAACUUUUAAAUUCCAACAUGAUGAGAUUUUACGAGUUAUUCGGGAAACUUCCUUAAAUCCAUCUGAUGUGCCAUAUAUGGCAGAUGAAUGCUUCUUCGAAUUUUCGGAAAUUUACUUUUCAUUUAAAGGUAGACUAUUAGAUAGUUUACCAGUUGAUACUACCCGUUCUCCAUUGAGUAGUACUUUUGCUAUGCCAAGUGGUCAUGCUGAUAUGACCGUGAAUAUGGAUGCAAGACUCCCGAAGAUUUCUCUUCCAAAAUUUUCUGGAGAAUACAUUGAUUGGAUACCAUUUCGUGAUAUUUACUUAUCAUUAGUUCAUACUAACGGAUCACUUUCUAAGAUUCAAAAAUUUUAUUACCUAAAAGGAACUCUUACUGGAGAAGCUGCAUCUCUUAUUAAAACUAUUUCAGCCACAGAAGCUAAUUACACAUCAGCUUGGAAUAUUUUAGAGACUAGAUAUCACAAUAGACGUGCGAUAGUAGGUACUCUUAUUCAAAAGCUUUUUAACGUCCCAAAAUCUGAUGGCAGUUUCCAAAGCAUAAAAUCUUUAUUAGAUACUACCCAAGAAUGCAUUUCCUCUUUGAGAAAUCUCGAAGUUGACACUUCUACAUGGGAUCCGUUGUUAAUAUAUUUAAUUUGUCAAAAACUUGAUCUUCAGACAAGAAGAGAAUGGGAACAUUCUUUGAAGUCAACAACUGAAGUUCCAAACUUGUCGGAAAUGUUUUCUUUCUUAGAAAGAACUUUUAGAUCUUUGGAAUCAUUGAAUGAGUUGCCACAUGCCAAAAUUAAACAUUCUCAAGGAAACAAUCCUAAGAAUAAGAAACAGUCAUAUGUUCAUAACGCUAAUGUUUCAAAACCUAAAUCAAAUUCAUGCCAUUUUUGUGGAAAACCUCAUUAUCUCUCACAAUGUUACAAGUUCCUGGCUUUGCCUUUAAAAUCGAAGCAUGAGUUUUUGGGUAAUAGGAAUAUUUGUAGAAAUUGCUUGUCUGCCAAUCAUACUCAAGAUAACUGCAAUAGUUUGAAUAGGUGCGGUACUUGUAAACAACCUCACCAUACGAUAUUACACGUUGAAGAGUCUGUUUCUGUACAGAACACUAACAUAGUCCCACAACCACUUUGUGACAGUGAUCCAGUAGCUGCUCAUAGUUCCCACUCAACUCAACAUAACGUAUUAUUAUAUACUAUACGCCUUUUCGCUAAUACUAAACAUGGUCAUUUCUCAUUGCGUGCUCUUUUGGAUCCUGGCUCUCAGGGAACUUUAAUUUCUGAAUCUGCCGUUCAAGUAUUACGUCUGCCUAGGCGGAAGUCCCAAUGUAAGGUGAUUGGAGUAGGGACUGAGUGUGAAAGUAUAUCGAAACACACUGUUGAUAUUGAUUUAUUGUCGCGGUGGAAACGGCCAAUCUUAUCUUGCACCGCAUUAGUCCUAUCGAAUAUUUCUUCAUACAAGCCAAUUAAUUGUUCGCGUGAGAUAUCUUUGCCUAAGUUGAAUAAUGAAGACUUUGCUGAUCCAUUCUUUUUUAAUACUGAUCCAAUUGACAUUAUUUUAGGCUCUGACGUUUGUUCAAAGAUUAAGAUUCCUUCUGAAUCGUUCAUUCACAAUGAUCUGUUUUUCCAAAAUACGCUUUUUGGAUGGGUUUUUUCUGGUUCAUUUGAAUCAAUUGCUACCUACCAGAUUACAUUGCAUAAUGUGAAUUUGGAACAUCUCUUGAGGGCCUUUUGGGAACAAGAGGAAGUUGCUUCAGGGCGAGAUUUAUCCAAUGAAGAAUUGGCUUGUGAGAAAUAUUUUACAUCCACAACUAAGCGUAAUUCAUAUGGACGCUAUGUGGUGAAUCUACCAUUUAAGUCAGUCUUACUGACUGGUGAACUUCCCACAAUCCAUAACAAUAUGAUUAGUGCUUUUAAACGAUUUCAACAACUUGAAACAUCUUUUUCUAAACGUCCAUCUUUUUCUGAAAGUUAUAUAAGUUUUAUGCAUGAAUAUGAGUCCUUGGGCCAUAUGUCUAAAAUUGGAACAUAUCCUGGUAGUAUUGAGGAAAAUUCAUACUUCUUGCCACAUCAUGGCGUCUUCAAAGAAGAUAGUACUACCACAAAAUUAAGGGUAGUCUUCGAUGGCAGUAGCCACGUUGAAGGAAGAAAAUCAUUGAAUGAAGAACUUUUGCCAGGUCCUGCGUUACAGAACGAUUUGCCAACUAUUUUGAAUAAAUGGAGAAAACAUAGAAUUGCUUUCAGCGCGGAUAUAGAGAAAAUGUUUAGGCAGGUGGAUGUUACUCCUGAACAUCGUAGAUUUCAACAAAUUUUUUGGCGAUAUAGACCACAGGAUGAAAUUUCUGUUUAUCAACUGAAUACGGUGACGUAUGGCACUACAUCAGCACCAUACCUAUCCAUUCGUGUUUUACAUCAGCUCGCCUUUGACUACAGAACCGAUUUUCCAGAAGAAUCUAACAUAUUAAUUUCCGACUCCUAUGUUGACGAUAUUAUUUCAGGUGCUGACUCUUUGGAAAGCGCAAUUAAAUUGCAGAAAAACUUAUGUGUUCUAUUAGGAAAAGGUAAAUGUAAUCUGAGAAAGUGGAUUUCAAACUCAGUCGAGUUAUUAAGCGAAAUUCCCGAAGAACAUAGAGAGAAAUCUCUAACCCUGAAAUUUAACCGGGACAAUAUAGUGAAGACACUAGGUAUUCAAUGGAAUACAACUACCGAUUCCUUUUCUUUUAAAGUUAACAUUGAUCAGUCCCAUCUAGUUUCAAAGAGAACUAUUUUAUCUGAAACUGCACGAUUAUAUGAUCCAUUAGGUUGGCUGACACCUAGUACUCUCAUUGCAAAGUCUUUAUUUAAAGAACUUUGGGAGAAAGGUGUAGAUUGGGAUGAUGAAAUUCCUUCUACAAUUAAGCAGAAAUGGCUACAGUACAGAUCUACUCUUAUCAGAUUUACUGAGCUAAGAAUCCCAAGAUGGAUACAUUAUAGUACUGGUUCUACUAUUGAACUUCACUGUUUUUGUGAUGCGUCAACAGUAGCUUAUGCUGCUGCUGUUUAUGUUAGGGUAACUACUUCGAAUGGAAUUUUUGUCAAUCUUUUACAAGCAAAGUCCAAAAUAUCUCCCGUAAAAACUGUUUCAAUACCGAGACUUGAACUCUGUGCUGCCACUCUCUUGGUCAAAUUGACUGCAAAGGUUAAAGAUUCAUUUGUGGAUUCGGGAAUAACAGACAUCUUAUUUUGGAGUGAUAGCUCCACGGUUUUAAGUUGGAUUAGGAAACCACCGGCAAAUUGGACGGUUUAUGUAGCCAAUAGGGUUGCCGAAAUCCAACGUCUUAGUGAUCCUUUGCAAUGGAAGUAUGUUCCAUCUACUUUAAACCCAGUUGACUGUGCAUCCAGGGGAAUUUUUCCCAAUGAACUAAUGGAUUGCAAAACGUGGUGGCACGGCCCAAAUUUCUUAUAUGAACCACCAAAUUCUUGGCCCAAACCUCUUUCAAUUUUUGACACUUCUCAAGAGAGAAGGAAAUCUCCUAAACCUAACAUUUGCGUUUCGAAUACAACACUUAGUUUUAACGAACGAGAUGAUGGGAAAGAACCAUCUACUUAUCCAGACUUUCUUUUAAAAUUCUCAAAACUGAGAACAUUGUUGAGAGUAACGUCAUUUUGCUACCGAUUUGCGUAUAAUACUAAAGUUAAUCAAUUAAAUAAAGAUCUUAGGGAAACCACUUCGCUUAACGUUGCAACAAUAAACAAUACUUUCAAAAGGUUGCUUAAAAUUACACAAACAAUCGAUUUUCCAGAGAACGUUAGGAAACAGAUUUUGAAUGGUAACGCCAAAAAAAGUGCUCUUCUGAAAUUAAUGCCCUUUAUCGAUAAUGAUGAUUUCAUUCGUGUGGGUGGUCGUUUGCAUAAUUCUAUGCUCCCAUAUGAUGUUAAACAUCCAAUACUUUUGUCUAGAACGAACCCUCUUUCCAAACUUAUUAUAAAAGAAGCACACGAAAACACUUUACAUGGCGGGAUCACCCUGACUAUGUCCUACGUUAACAGAAGAUAUUGGAUAAUAUCUGGCAAUCGAUUAGCUAAGAAUAUUAUAGGUAGUUGUAUUCGUUGCUUUAAAUAUUCUGCAAAAUCUGCAACCCAGAUUAUGGGGAAUUUACCUUCUGUGCGUUUAAACAUCACCAGGCCUUUCAAGCAUAGCGGCGUUGAUUAUGCCGGCCCCAUUUCUGUGAAAAAUUCAACUAUUAGAUCUGCUAUUAUAUCUAAAGGAUAUAUCUGUCUAUUUGUUUGUAUGGUAACCAAGGCCAUACAUUUGGAGGCAGUUUCUGACUUAACAACAAAUUCGUUUUUAGCUGCUUUUCGUAGAUUUGUGGCUCGUAGGGGUGUUUGUACCGACAUCUACUCAGAUUGUGGUACAAACUUUGUAGGUGCCUCGAGGGAGCUUCAGAUUAUUUUUAAUAGAAAUAAAAAAUCUAUUCCUGAGGAUUUACGUAAUUCAUUAACCUCAUAUGGAACGGAAUGGCAUUUUAUUCCGCCUGCCUCGCCAAAUUUUGGAGGUCUUUGGGAGGCAGGUGUGAAAUCUGUAAAAUAUCAUUUAAAACGUGUAAUGCAUGACAAAAUUCUAAGCUUUGAAGAGCUGACAACACUACUUAGUCAAAUAGAAAGUUGUCUGAACUCACGCCCGCUAUGUCCUUUGUCAUCGGAUCCAUCAGAUUUGGACGCCUUGACUCCAGCCCAUUUUUUAAUAGGUGAGCCUACUAACUGUAUCCAGGAAGAAAAUAUGCUUGACGUGAACAUAAAUCGUCUUUCACGAUGGAAGACCAUAGAAAACCUCAAACAACAUUUCUGGAAACGCUGGUAUUUGGAAUAUCUAAAUCGCCUGCAGGCUCGUCCGAAGUGGCUUAAGUCCAAGCAAGAUGCUAAAAUAGGUGACCUUGUUCUUGUUUCUGAUGAGAGGUGUGGUCCUGGUCAAUGGUUGAUGGGACGAAUUCAACGCAAGAAGUAUCAACACCACAAUAUGAUGCAAUAUCUUCUAAUACACGGAUGGGGUCUGAUCCUGGCGCUGUGAGUCGGAGCAUAGCGAAGUCAAUAGACUAAACUAAAAUACUCCCAACGAUAGACCGUCCGUUUAUUAACUCCACCUUCUUAAGAACUGUCGUUCUUGGGAGGCAGUAUGUUGGGAAAAAUACAAAUUACCAUCUACAUAAUUUUUCUAGAUUUAAAAUGAUAUAACAAAUUGAAUUAAUAUAUAUGUUUUUGC